UGGUCAAAGACAGCAUUAAAAGGGAAGACCUCAAAAAGACUGCAUUGACCACAACAGGAGGUUGCAAGCUACAACGAUGAAGAUUUUAUGUACUGCUGUUGUUGCACUGAGUCUUGUGUCAGUGUGUCAGCCUGCAUCGCUGGCAUGUAACAACCUGCUGACACCUGUAGAAAAGAAUCCAGAACUGCUGGGGAGAUGGCACUUGAUUGCUUGGGCCUCAGAAUCCUGUUUGGUUACUACUUUAUUUAACACUUUAGUUUGGCCAAGCCUUGCAAUGGAUGUUACUUCUACAGCUAAACUAAACACUUAUGAUUACAAUAUAAAAGUCAAAAUGUAUGGAUACUGCUACAAUGAAACUCAAACCUUUUUCUACGAAAACAGCAAAAUGUUGGAGGUCGACAGCAACAAUUCCCCAACUGGUGAUCCAGAUGUUCUCCUGCAAACAAGUUGUUCUGACUGCAUCAUUGUAAAGUCCAAAGAUACUAUUGACACUCUCCUACUUUUAAGCAGGAGAAAGAGCAUCUCUGAAACUGAGCUGAAGGAGUUUGAGAUUCAAACCCAGUGUCUUGGCUGGUCCACAAUGAAGAUGUUGAACACAGAAUUUGACUUUGACAACUGCAAGAUCAUCCAUGAAGAUUUGUCUGACGAAGAAGCCGAAACUAUGGGGUUAAACAUCUUAUCAAACAUGUCUGAAAGGAUUUCAAACAUGUAUUAUGAUAUAUAUUAUUGCAUCAAAAACAAGUUGCAGUCCUACUUUCUCUAAAGGAUCAAUGACUGGUACAACUUGGCUGGAUUUCAUCCCAGUACAUGAAUGUCGAUGCAGAAAACUAAAUCUGUGAAUUUACAUGAAGGGGAAUACAAAUUGUGAAACAAUUAUCUUAUCUGCGGCAGAAAAAGGACAUUCAAAAAUACAGCAGAAAAAGUGAUUUUUUAACAAAUACAUGUUUUGAAAUAAAGAUACAUUUUACUGUCGUUACAUAAAAAGCUGUGCUUCAAAGUUAUCCUUUUUCAAAUACUAAACUUUGGAUAAAUUUAUAACCUUAAAACAUUGCAAGACAAUUUCAGCAAAGAAUUUUAGACAACCUGGACUGAUUAAAAAAUAUGUAUUUUGAGCAACCUGAAAGAUUAUGUGUUAAAAGAUUAUUGACUUGUUGCUCCAAUCAGAUUUUAAUGGACCUUUAAUGCUGUUGACCAUGAAAAUGCAGUUGACACACUUUUUUAAAACUUUUCAUUUAGUAAGGUGGUGGUAAAAUCAAUUACAAGCAAUAGGUGUUUUUGGCAACAAGAAAGAAAGAGUAAAGGUAACUGAAGAAAAGAAGAAAGGGAAGACCAAAAGUUGAGUUAGAAAUAGAGGUUUUAGACAUGACAUAACCUUUGUUGAAAACUCAAUCAACUGACUCAGGAUUUAGAGAAGCUGAAUAUGCAAUUUUGUUCGCACAGCAUAAACCAAUGCUCAUACAAACUCAGUAUUGCUGCCAUAUUGAUGUUUUCUGUUAGAAUGAUUUUUAGCAGUGCACAAAAAAUAAAAUCAAUCUUUUUGUGUUCGUAUUUUUUUGCUUGGAGAAAAAUAAUCUCAGUAAUCUGACCACAAUAAACCAGUAUUAUAAGCUUGUA